CACAGGCUCGCACGCCCGUCGGUGCCGAGCGCGCCGUGCCAGCACCGCCGGCGGAGAAUGGGAAGCGAGUGAUCGGAUCCGUGCCGGUGCCGGCGCCCGCGAUGACCCUGGUGCUGCCCAUGCAGCGGCUGGGCCGCCCCAUCGCCGCCGAGGGAGCCGCCGACCUCGCCGCUUACCGCGCCCUCUGGGAGCCGCCCUGCUGCGGCCGCCCCGGCCCCGCCGCCGCCGGCUCCCCCGCCGCAGGAUCGCAUUACAGGGGAAUUUCAACUCCUGUAACAGCAUCCAAGAUCACAUACUUUAAAAGGAAAUAUGUGGAAGAAGAGGAUUUUCACCCGCCACUCAGCAGCUGCGCGCAUAAAACCAUCUCCGUGUUCGAGGAGCGGGCCCAUAUUCUUUACAUGUCUUUGGAAAAGCUGAAGUUCAUCGACGAUCCUGAGGUCUACCUGCGGAGAUCUGUCCUCAUCAACAACCUGAUGAAGAGAAUCCACGGCGAAAUCCUCAUGCAGAACAACUGGUGCUUCUCCGCCUGCUCCUUCGGUGGCACCCCACCGCAGGAGUGGUUCGUGCCUCAGGACUGUCCGUACAGGAAACGCCUUCGGAUGGCAAAGGAGGAGUACGAGAAGCUCCACGUGUGCUGCUUCUAUCAAGAGUGUGGCAGUCACUAUUUAAAUCUACCCUACCCUGUUAAUGCUAGUACAGAAAAUACUUCCUCUUCUUCCUCCUCCUCCCUCCCUAUUUCUUUGCCAAGCUGUUCCCAGCAGGUGGAUUAUGACAUUGGCAGUGCCUUUUCUUACAGGAGUGAUGACCAGAUACCUGCAAAUGAAAUAUUCAUCACUAAUGCCAGGUCUCACAGUCAUCAGGAAAAGGCAAAAUCGAAUGUGGAGAAAGGCGGUAACGAACCUGAGCGGGACAGCGCAGCCCUAAACUGUGAACCUGUAAGAGGCCCCCAUGCCCUCGAGUAUAAAGGCAAACCCUAUGACUGUUUUGAGACCGGAUGUAACGACAAGAGCAGCAUCAGUGAAUCUUGGAAAAAAACCUUAAGGAAAAAGGAGUCUUUACCAAGUAAUAAAACGUGCUGCAGCAAAGGAAGUAAAAUCUGAGGCGUCCUGCCCUGCGGAAGCGCGCGCAGCCUGUUUGUCUGUCUCUCAACUUCUCAUGUUGAAUGGAUUUUUUAUAGUUUUCAACAAAUGGUACAAGCACGCCCCAAACGCUACGUGUAGUUUUCAAUGACUGGAGAGCAGAUUGUGUGAGGCGCCUCGAUCGGAUGCAUCAGAGGGCUAUUUAUAAGCGCGGAGACUUCAUAGAGAGCGCAGUUGCGUUCCUGCCUAGCCCCGUGGUCUGCGCAGCUCUGGUGUGGCUUUCGUUGCUGAAAACGCCAAUCAGGCAGAUGGGGAAAACAUACCGUUUUCUGUCGCCCUGCCCCCAAGAAAUCUGCCAUUAAUUAAGAAGAAUCUCCGUUAUGUUUGCCGAGGAAUUAAAAGUCUGGUAAACAAAUUGAUGCUACCAGCAAGGGCGAUGUGCUCCUUGUAACUCAGUAUUUGUUCUGACAAAGGACUUGUCUUCACGGACCGGGAGGAAACCAUCCGCACGUUUUGUACUGAUACUCUUUGACUCCCCGGAUUCUUCGUCUCCUUCAACGGACAAAACAGGACAUAGCGUAAAGAAAUAAUCUGGUUAUGGGAUUUUGAUCAGAAACACAACGUGCAGCUUCAGUACUUGCAUGUUUUCACCUCGGCUGUAAUAACUAAUGAGGCUUGCUGUUACACAGGGCAGGUUUUGUUUCGGUGCCUUACUUUUUGUCUUAAUUUUUGCCAGCGUAAAAAUUAAGUAUAUAUCAGUGCUACAGCAGGGAUUUAACCUUAAACAGAGGAAAAAAAAAAAACCACAACCAACCCACAGGGUGGAUCAAUAUUAUUAGAAACCUUUAACCUUUGAAGUACCGAGUUCAACUUCCUAUUCAAACAUCUCUGUUCCUCCUUUUUGAUGCUCAAUUGCUUUUUGAUUUGCCAUCCUUAGGAAGGGAUUUAAGAAACAAUAGAGAGAUGUCUCUUGUAAACAAGCAUUCGAUGCUUGAGUUGCUAUGGCAACUGUCUGUUGCUGGGGCUCUUCUUUUUUUUUCCUUCUUCGUAUAAUGAAGUUCAUGAACCAGUGGCAUGUUUUAUACUUUAUUCUGUUUCGCAUAAUUUCUCUCUUUUAGAUUGCAAAAGCAUGCGGGAGUUUUCUAUGACUUUUGCUGUUGAUUUAAAACGAAAAAAAAAACCAACCUAGGAAAAGAAAGCAAAAAGCACAAUGUUAACAGAUAAUGUGGCGAUAAACUUGGUUUUAUCCGAAUGAAUGUAAGGGGUUUCAUUUGAGAAAAGAACAUUUUGGAGAAAUGAGCUGAGAUUUCAGUGGCCGAGGACAACAUUGAGUCAUCCCUAGGUGCACCGUCUGCAAAGCGUGCUGUUUGAAAUGCCCAGAAGACGUUAGCUGGGGUUGGACCGAGCGCAUUGUGAGCCUUAGAUCCACCGAAUUAAUCAGUUCCCACAGUCCUCAUAGCAACUGGCAGGAUGAGCUCGGCCAAAUAGCCACAUCCAAGCCACAGCUGACUCAUAACAGCUGCCUGUUCCCACAGCACCAUGCGCUCCGGCAGCAUCUUCUGCUUGGUACUCGCCCAGAGGAUGAGCUCCACCCCAGUGCCGGGGGAGCAGCCGCCCCG